CGGAAUUCUCUUUCUACAUACCCAUUCCGCUUAACUCUUUAAAGUGUAAUAAACGAAGCUACAUUUGCGUUUUUUUGUGAUGGCGGGUGGAGGGAAACACACUCUUACUCCAAAGGCAAUUAUACAUCAGAAGUUUGGUGCUAAUGCAAUUUAUACAGUUGAGGAAGUCCAUGACUCUUCUCACAGUGCUUGUCCAGGAUUAGCUAUACCUCAAAAAGGUCCAAGCCUCUUUAGAUGUCACUUGCAGCUACCAGACUUUUCUGUUGUUUCAAAUGUCUGCAAGAAGAAGAAAGAUUCCGAACAAUCUGCUGCUGAACUAGCUCUCGAUAAGCUAGGGAUUCGUCCUCAGAGUGAUGAUCUUACUGUGGAUGAAGCUUGGGAUGAUCUCGUUGGACGCAUUAAGUAUAUAUUCUCUGAUGAGUUCCUUUCGGCUGAACAUCCUCUGGGAGCUCACCUUAGAGCGGCAUUGCGAAGGGACGGUGAUUGCUGCGGCUCGGUUCCUGUUUCUGUCAUUGCUACAUUUGAUGCGAAGAUCAACAGUCGUUGUAAAAUCAUCAACCCUUCUGUGGAAUCAGACCCUUUCUUGGUUAUUUCCUAUGUCUUGAAGGCUGCUGAAAAGUUGCCGGACUUCGUUGUUGCAUCUCCGCAUGAAGCUUCACUCAAAAGGAAAAAUCCUUACCCUUCAGAAAUUGUAGAAGCACUAGCUACUCAAGUAUCUGAUUCCCUAGAUAGCAGAGAAGUCAAGGCUGUAUGUAUACCGUGUAACGGUCAGGAGAUUGUUGAGUUAGAUACUGUCGAUAUUUCAUCAGGCCGUUAUUACUUGGAUAGUAUUGGUGAAAGGCUCUGCUUGAAGAAUGGCAACCAAGUGAUGAUAUCCAGGACUUUUGGAAAAGCUUCAUGUGGCUCUGAGUGUAGAUUGUACUCUGCUGUUCCUAAAUUUAAGUCUUUGGAAGUCUCUGGAAGUUCAAGUGAAGAUUCAUCUCGUACUGAUAAAAAAUCUCGGAAUGCACGAGCAAGUUACAUUUGUGGCCAAGAGAUUCAUGGAGAUGCAGUCCUGGCAUCUAUUGGUUACCGAUGGAAGUCUGAAGAUCUUGACUAUGAUGAUGUAACUGUAAAGUCAUUUUACAGGAUAUGUUGCGGUAUGUCACCCAAUGGGAUCUACAAAAUCUCCAGACAAGCAGUACUUGCUGCGCAAUUGCCUGUUUCAUUCACUACAAAGUCUAACUGGAGAGGUCCAUUCCCUAGGGAGAUUCUCUCCAUGUUCUGCCACCAGCAUAGAUUAGCAGACCCUGUCUUUACUAUAUCUACAGCUCCUGUGAAAUCCUUGGCUGACAUAUACAGAUCUCACAAGAAGUUGAAGGUCUCAGAAUCUCAUGAUGCUGAUGAUGAGAAUUUGAGUAAGGAAAAAGAAGAUGCACCAGGGUUAGGACAUGGUUUCAGAUGUGAAGUGAAAGUUCUUACAAAGUCCCAGGAUUUGGUUUUAGAGUGUUCACCGAGAAAAUUCUAUGAGAAGGAGAAUGAUGCCGUUCAAAAUGCUUCACUGAAAGCUCUCUUAUGGUUUAGUAAGUUUUUCGAUGAGAUGGAUGUGAAUGGAUCAGAUUCAGAUGAUGAAGAGGAUGUUAAAAAAUCUCCAAGUACUACUCAUGUUUUUCCAAUCCCACCAAAUCUCGGAAAUGGAGACAGCUCAAGGACCAAGAACGUGCCAUCAUCGGGAGAGAAGCGUGUUCCCUCUAUAACAAACAGUUCUGUGGUUAGCAUCUGCUAUUCUUUUUCUUUGGAAGUGGAUCCUGAAUUUUCAACUGAUGGAGAAGUCAGCGAGAGCAACGAAGAUAUGGAGUCUGAGUAUUCGUGUGAUUAUGAGCACUCAGUAGAUCUCAUUGAGAGCAAUGAAGAAAUAGAGUUUGAGAUAGGGACUAAAGCCAUGGAUCCACUUAUAGAAUCAGCUGUUACUCAGAUGACUGUGGGUGAAUUUGCUUCUUUCAAUACUUCACUCUGUACUGCUUCUGAAGCUUUGAUUCUCUCUGUUGCCUCCGAUACUGCGAGAGCUCGCUACCUCCUAUCAAAACGCCCACAACUGGUUUACAGUAUACUUCUGUUGGGAGUGAAAGGACCUAGUGAAGAGCGAAUGGAGGCGGCUUUUUUCAAACCGCCACUUUCGAAACAGCGAGUGGAAUAUGCAGUGAAACAUAUAAAAGAUUCAUCCGCUUCUACUUUGGCUGACUUUGGAUGCGGUUCUGGUAGUUUAUUAGACUCUCUACUUGACUAUCCAACAACACUUCAAACCAUUAUCGGCGUUGACAUCUCACCUAAGGGUCUUGCCCGUGCUGCUAAGAUGCUACAUGUAAAACUAAACAAGGAAGCUUGCAACGUCAACACUGCGACACUUUAUGAUGGUUCCAUCCUCGAGUUCGACUCCAGGCUGUAUGACAUUGACAUUGGCACUUGCUUAGAGGUCAUUGAACAUAUGGAAGAAGAUCAAGCAUGUGAGUUUGGUGAAAAGGUUCUAAGCUUGUUCCGCCCGAAGCUUCUAAUUGUCUCAACACCAAACUUCGAGUACAACACAAUUCUCCAGCGGUCUACUACACCAGAAAACCAAGAAGAAAACAAAUCUGAGACACAGCUUCCCAAAUUCAGGAACCAUGACCACAAGUUCGAGUGGACAAGGGAACAGUUUAACCACUGGGCUACUAAGCUUGCGGAACGUCAUAACUACAGCGUGGAGUUCAGCGGUGUUGGUGGGUGUGGUGAAGUAGAACCAGGGUUUGCUUCUCAAAUAGCUGUUUUUAAACGGGAAGCUUCAGCUGUUGAGAGUGUUGCAGAAGGGUUGAUGCAGCCUUAUAAAGUAAUAUGGGAAUGGAAAAAAGGCAGUGGAGAAAAGAAAGACUGAUGGGAUCUUUUGGAUUAGGGAGGAUCGAGUAUUUUGCAAGCAAUGUGAUGAUGUAUUCAUCUAUAUAAAAACUCAAAGCUUGUCUUAGUUCUUUUGCCUUAGCUUUUGCAGAUUAACCAUGGUACCAUUAUGUUGUUUACUAUCAGUAGUCUAGCCUACUGACAAUGAUGGGAAUUACCAUUUUGCCCCAGCGAGUAUGUUUAUUUAUAUAGAAGUCCCUGGACUUGUUAUCA